AUGGCGUCUACUUCUUUUCGAGACUCCAUGAAUUCCAUGGGCUGGUCUCGACGAGACCCAGACAUUCCAGUCACGACCUCCUCCUCAACCCCGAUAUUGUCGAAGCUACAAUCCAUCAAUCCUUUCAGCAAUGCAGGCUACGUUCGACUACCAACACAAAAUGAAGGUCCAGGUGCUCCAUUGCCUGCUCCUAACCGGAGAGAAGAGGAAGAAGGCUUCUUCGCUUUGAGUAGGUGGGAUCGCCUACUCGUCUUUGGGGCUUGCAAUGUAGCUGCCUUGGCUUGCUUUGUCCUCUGCUUCGCCUUGUUUCCAAUUCUGUGGCCAGUGCCCCGAAAGUUCGCAAUAUUGUGGUCCUUCGGGUCCGUGCUUUUCUUGGCUUCAUGGGCAGUCUUGAUGGGCCCAGCGACUUACGCCAAACAUCUUAUCUCGGGGCCACGACUGCCUUUUACCGCUGCUUACUUUGGCUCCAUUGGGUUGACCUUGUUCUUUGCCAUCAAACUUCACAACACAGUCCUUACACUUCUUUCGAUUAUUGUACAGCUAGUGUCGCUUGUAUGGUACCUAGUCAGCUACUUUCCCAUGGGGGGCACAGGUCUGCGAUUUGCCGCCAGAUUCGGCACUAAUCGUGUCGCAGCGUGGAUGACCGACUAA